GCGGCCCGGGACUGAGCGGGGCGGCGGUGCCGCCAUGGCGCCGCCCGUGGGGUACGCGCUGCUGUGCGGGCAGGCCGCGCUCCUGCUCGGGAACCUGCUGCUGCUGCACGGCCGCGGCCUCCCGGCCAACGACACCGAGCCCCGGGAGCUGCCGCCGGGGCCGCCCGCCGCCGCCUGGGCUUACAGCGAUCCGCGGGCGCCGCUCGUCCUAUGCACCUACCUCCCCGAUGAGUUCGUGGAGUGCGAGGAGCCGGUGGACCACGGCGGGAACGCCACGGCACAGCAGGAGCUGGGCCACGGCUGCGUGAAGUUCGGCGGCCAGGCCCACGCCGAGGUGGAUCACACGCGUGUGCAGUGCCGGGCGCUGGACGGCAUCGAGUGCGCCGAGCCGCGGAGCUUCCUGCGGGGCAGCCGGCCCUGCGUCAAGUACACCGGACACUACUUCAUCACCACUCUGCUCUACUCCUUCUUCCUGGGCUGCUUCGGCGUGGAUCGGUUCUGCCUGGGCCACACCGGCACGGCCGUGGGGAAGCUGCUGACGCUGGGGGGCCUCGGCAUCUGGUGGUUUGUGGAUCUGAUUCUGCUGAUCACCGGUGGGCUGAUGCCCAGUGAUGGCAGCAACUGGUGCACCGUGUACUGAGCAGGGGCAGGGCUGGCCCCAGCUGCAGCCCCUGGAUGCCUCUGCUCGCUGCCAGCACCUGCCCAGGCUCUGCCUGGCACAACCUGGACUUACAGAACUGUCACUCAGGGUGCACAGCAGUUACUCUUGGUAAUGACUGUACCAACCUUGGACACAAAGGUGUUAAGUAUAUGUUUUGCUUGUUUAAAAUACUCUGGCUUCCCACUGCAAAUAGUGACAGCUUAAGAAAUCAGAGCUUGCAAACACAGAGGGUCAAACAAACAUUAAUAAAAUCUGGAAGAAGCUGA